UCAUAACGGCCCGGCGGGCGGGGGGGGUUUAGAAACCAGGAAGAUGAACAAUGUGUAAAAAACGUAGAGUAUAAAGCUUUAUUCCGAUUGAGCGAAGGAGCCGCUAACGCGGGCAAAGCGCGCCGGGUGUGCGCGGCACUGACACGAAGCGAAUUCAUUCAUUUUUCCCUGCGGGCGAGAAAACAAAACAAGGACGGACACCCCCCCCCCCUCCAAAUAAAGGGUAAAGUUCACAGGAAGCUGGGGGGCUGCCAUUUUUUCGCCUUGCUAACAUGUUAGAUGCUAAAGCGGAGAGGGGUGCUCGCCGUUAGAAAGGAAAAAACGCUGUUUUUGUCGGGUUUGUCUUCAGCCUGGGCGCCGGCUGGUUUCUCGCAGCGCUUUGUCCUAUGCAUUAGGUGUUCGCUGUCUGAACGCGGGCGGUAUGGAGAGGACCGAGCAGCCGUGGAAUUCCUCCUACACGUACCAGGUGAGCAAGCACAGCGCCGAGAUGCUCCACAACCUUAACAGCCAGAGAAAAGAUGGAGGCAGGUUCUGCGACGUGAUCCUGCGCGUCGGCGAGGAGAGCUUCCCCGCGCACAAGGCCGUGCUGGCGGCAUGCAGCGAGUACUUCGAGUCGGUGUUCAGCUGUCCGGCGGAGGGCGACGACGGCGAGGGCAAGGAGCUGGAGAUGCACACCAUAAACCCCAAAGUUUUCCGCGACAUCCUGGACUUCGCGUACACCUCGCGGAUCGUGGUGCGCCUCGAGUGCUUUCCGGAGCUCAUGACGGCUGCCAAGUUCCUGCUCAUGCGCUCCGUCAUCGAGAUAUGCCAGGAGGUGAUCAAGCAGUCCAACGUGCAGAUUCUCGUCCCUCCUUCGCGGGGAGGAGGAGGAGGCGGAGGGGAGCACAGCUUUCCCCGCGCCGCCAACCACGACCUGUCAAACCCGCCGCAUUUAUUGGACGUGGCUAACGGCGCCGUGUUCGCUGAUCCCGGGCCCCCGCGGUGCGUUGUUGUUGACCGGGACGACGUUGUCGGAGAUGCGGGAGCUGCUAGCGACGGCUCCCUCGCGGCUAUGCUGCCGGCUAGCAGGCCACCCGUACCCGUGUCUCCGUUACACCUCGUCUCGGGAAGAAACCCCGUCAACGGCGAGGCUUCUCCGGGCUCUAAACGAGGCAGGGGGAGGCCGAAGAAAGAACCGACUGCUGCUUCCUCCGACUAUGGCAACAAUAAUAACACUCACCACGGCGAUGCUAACGAAAGCGAAGGGCUGUUAGCAUGCUCCAUCUGCGGGAAGAUGUUUACAGACGCGGCUCAACUGCGGAGCCACGAGGCGGAGCACGGAGCUUUCGGUGGCGGAGGUAUCAGUGGUGGUGGUGGUGGAGGAGGAGCAGGAAGAGAGCUGCUGGUCCCCCCCGCGGACCUGGCCCCAGCGGUCGCCCCGCAGGUGAUCCACACACAAGCAGGGCCGCACGAAAACGGGCUGCCCCCGCCGCCACCACCACCACCACCACCACACAGCGCCGCCGACGGCCACCGCAAGCGGGAGCGGACGCGCAGGCAUGUGGGCUGCGAUCUCUGCGGGAAAGUCUUCAGAGACGUGUACCACCUCAACCGGCACAAGCUGUCACAUUCCGGGGAGAAGCCGUACGCUUGCCCCGUGUGCGGCCUGCGCUUCAAGCGUAAGGACAGGAUGUCUUACCACGUCCGCUCUCACGACGGCUCCGUGGGAAAACCCUACGUGUGUCAGAGCUGCGGGAAGGGCUUCUCCAGGCCAGAUCACCUAAAUGGACAUAUAAAACAGGUACACACAACAGAAAGACCUCAUAAAUGCCAGAUUUGCAAUGCAUCAUUUGCAACAAGGGAUCGUCUUCGAUCACACCUGGCAUGCCAUGAGGAUAAAAUACCAUGCCAAGUAUGUGGAAAGUUCUUACGGGCUGCCUACAUGACAGACCACCUGAAGAAACACAGCGAUGGACCUCACAACUACUGCAACAUAUGCAAUAAAGACGGGCAGGAGAAUGCUGGGAAAUGCCACCAUCAGGAUUCUGAUGGUUCAGACGCUGCGUUUGGGGAACUCUCGAACGGGACAGAGCUGAAGCACGAGCAUAAAGCAGAAGGUGAGGAACUAGAGGUGACUUCUCUGAUCUUCAAUGGGGAGGCUGAUGGCCCAGCGGCGACACCCUGCAGCUCCAAGCAAAAAACGGACCCAGAAAAGAAGUUUGCCUGUGGCGAAUGUGGCCAGACCUUCCGCACAAAGUCUUACCUCAACAAGCACCACCAGCGGGUGCAUAAGAAACACAGUGGGACGGGGUCCAGCCUUGGGGAUCUGGGCUCGCCCUUUUCGCCCCAACAGAACAUGUCGCUACUGGAGUCGUUUGGGUUUCAGAUCGUCCAAUCAGCUUUCGCCUCUUCACUAGUGGACUCUGAGGUUGGGAGCAGUGUUAUGGGUUUAGGAGACAAGUGACUCUCUUGUGAAAGAGAUAUGUUUGUACUUUCUGGACUGCCACAAGUUUGAGUUACUGCUUUUCUACUUUUCAUCAGUGUCAUCGUAGACUACUUUGUCUUUUGUGUUUCAUACCGUCGACUUGUUUUUGUCAGUUUGAACGUACAUGUUUGCCAAUAUGUAUUCCAUUCUGUUUUCUCGUUGGCGCGAUUUCAGCUAACUACCUUCUCCAUUUCCUGUGUCAUAGUUUGUUCCAGAGAUUAAGUCGAGCCACUGGUGGUUUGGGCUGUUAGACUAAUGUUAACACAAUUGAAUUCUUGAUUUUUUUGCUUGACAACCUUUCAGCUGCUGAGGCUGAUCAUUAGACUUAAGACGAUUAUUGGGUUAAAAAAAUCUCAAUAACCCUGCCUGUCUAAAGUCAUUAAGUUUAAUCAUCAUUAAUCACUUAAAUUUAAUCCACACCUGCUAUUGCUACUUUUAUUUUAAUUUUAUUUUGCAUCAUGGAUACUUGCCAGAAGGAUUGUUUUGGGUUACAUGACAGUGCAUGUGAGUUUUGAAUAUUCAGCAGGGACCAAUUUCAGGUAUGACUAAGAUAUUGCAAGAAAUGAAGAGUAUAUUUUAUUAACUUAUUGAUAUUAGUGUCCCAGUCUUCUUUAUGAAAUGGUUUAUAUAAAGUUGUUCAGAUUUAGAUUUGUGCUGUGCUGGUAUUUCUUUGAGCUGUAUGUCUGACAAGAGGCCCGCAAAAGAGCUUCUGUAUGUAUGUGUGUUUUUUUUUUUUUUUUUUUUUUUUUUUGUGUAUGUGAGGUGUGUUUGUGAGUGAGAGAGAGACAGCUUGAUUGUUUUGUGUGUUUGUGUGUGCACCUGGUCUCUUUAUCUUCAGAAUGUAAUAUAAUCAGAGGGCUUUUUUUUAAUAUAUCAGAUUUUUUUCUAUGAUGUUUCUAUACAUUCCUGCUUAACUUAAGAGUUCCUAUCAUGACAUGUGUAUAAUGUUCACACACGUAAAAAAUGUGUAUAUAUAUAUCUAUGGCCAAUAUUGUUCGUUUGUUUAAUCUAUGUGAAUGGGGUCCUUGUAUAUAAGCUUUCCUUGGCCUUCUUGGAGGAAUGGGUGUUCGACUUUGAGCAAAGAGCCUAAGUUAUAUUAAGUUGGUACCGGUAAAUCCCUACAUUUGUUUUUUCUUUUUUUAUUUGUGCAGGUGCUGGGGUGUGUUAUCAUAAUCAAAAAACUGUUUUUGUGUGUGAGUUUCAGUAAUUGUGUCAGUAUUCCUUAGUUUCAGAUCAGAUGGCAACACAUUUAAUAUAUCCUCCAGGUACUGGAGUAUACUGUAUAGCAUAGUAUACUGCUACAGUAUGCUGCUACUGUGGGCAUAUGAUACCUGGCAGCACAGUCUGCUACCAGGUGUUUUAAGAAAUAAUGAUAAGUAAUUAAUAAAAUGAAUUACAUUAAUAAUGUCUCAUUUCAGAUAUUACAUUGUAUGGGUUUUAGUUUCUACAUAGGUUUGGACAGUUGAUAUGUAAUCUGAGAAGGUAUACAGUCAAAUUUGCUUUGCAUUUACCUUCUGGUUAGUAUACCUUUAUAUAAGGUACAGAGAAGAGACUUUUUUCAUGACAGCAUUUUUCUAAGUUGCUUUGACUAUUCUGCUUGACUUUUUUUUCGAGCAGAUUGUUUCUGAAAUUAAUAAAAUUAAUCUGACAGUGUAGAGAUCAUCAUUAAUUCAUGUUCAGUCACCGUCUCUUGACUCCAGUUCUAGCAGGCUGAAUUGAGUGCUUUCCUCAUUUUAUUUGCUGAAUGAAAGUGGGCCUUGGGGACAAUUCAAUGCUUAAUGGUUUAUUAUAAUUAUUUGUUGCCUCAUAUUUUGGGUGGGACAUUGUGUCACUGGAAGUGUUUUUCUUUCCUCAGUCACUGUGUAUGUCUGUUUUUUUUAUGCGUUUUGUGCGUGCACGCAAAUUCUGCUUACAUUUUUGUAUAUUCGUAUGUUGCAAAGUGCCUUCCCAGUACUGAUUGUGAACUGCGAAAAUCUGUCAUUAUAAGGACCGUCUUAAGAACAGUGUACACAGAGAAAGUGACACUUUUGUAUAAAGACAUGCACAUAGAACAAAAUGUACAUUUGUAUGUAUGUUUGGGAUUCUAUCUUUGUUCUCUGACAAAGAAAUAGUUUCUUUGCAAUUUAUGUCUAGAGUUUCAUUGAUUUUUGGACAUUUGGAUAUAGGCAUACUUUUCUAUUGAUGUUUGUUUUUGUACACUGUUUUGUGUCUCUGUUUAUUUGCUACAGAGAUGAGUAUAAAAUAAAAUUGUAUUUGAGAA